AUGGUAGUGGUGGUGGUGGUAGUGGUAGUGAUAGUGGUAGUGGUAGUUAUGGUGGUAGUGGUAGCGGUGGUGAUGGUAGUGGUAAUAAUAGUGGUGGUGGUGGUGGUGGUGGUAGUAGUAGUAGUAGUGGUGGUGAACUUUAGCAGUCUAUUAACGUGUCAAGAAUCUCUAUCGCAACAAGCAGCAGUAAUUGGUGAAUAACUGAGAGAAAAUACCAAAUAUCAAUGGAAAAAGUCACUGGACCACACGGCUUAUGAUUUAGCCAUAAUAUUCAAUUAUAGCCUUACAAUUCUGUUUUGCAGUUAUUCCAAUACCCAUAAAAUCUUUGUCUUCUGAUUCAAUUAUGUACCUCAAAAUUGGCUUUCUAGCUAAUAUUGCUCAUGCCUUUUCUAUCUCUGGUACUGUUAAGUCGCAUCCCGAUAUUUCUCAUUCUAUAGGUCACGUGACUAAGAGCUUCAAAGAACCUAUUGUGAGAAUGUUUGUAAACAGAACAAAUUUCGCGGGACAAGAAGUGUUGUCGAAUACGCUAUGAAUCCGAGCAGCCAAUGCACUCAUCGAGGUUUUGAGGGUCUACUAUGACCAUUACUGCGCAAAUACGUACACUCACAGCCGCUAAGAAGUCCUCAUCCUGAAUUUUACUUGUAAAUGAAUUUAAACUUUUUUCCUUGUAAGGUAUAAUUGGCCGAGGCCUAUUGCAAACAGCUUGGAAGGUUUCGGUUAAAAAAGUUUCGGAUCAGGGAGAUCAGGCAUUUAAUAUCAAUACCGCAUUUAAACCUUUGGAGAUCAGACGCUUUUCAUUCCAAAUGGUACGAUGCAGAUUUCGCAUUUAUGGCCCACAUUUAGCUUUCAUAAGCAAUUAAGUUAAUAGCCAGCGAAUUAAAGAAAGAUAGAUCUUUUUUCAGGUACCUUUUUUGGAAAUUCUGACUAAUCUUGCCAGAGUUACACUCAAAAUACUCUAUUCUACAGGGGAACCUCAAUCUGCCGAAAGGCUUAAGACACUGACAAUGUGCGUUCGCUAUAACGAUGUUUGGUUAUAUAUAUCAUGGUUCUUUUCCAUAUAUUUCAGUUUUCAAUGGGGCGAACACUAUCGUUCGUUUUACUGAGGACUGCCAACAUUUGAGGUUUGUUAUAUCAAGAUUCCAUUAUUAACGUUUUAGGGAAACAUUCACUGCCAAUUUUCCAAAUUUAGAAGUUAGACAACCACAAUUCCAUAGGAAAUAAAUACGAUAAAAGGGGGAAAGCGCUGGUCAUAAAAAAGAAAGGCAGGGGAAACAAAGUGAGCAAAAAAGAGAGAUUGAAAACGAUUUGCAAAAGAAAAAUGGCUUGCGCGCAUGCGCAAAAGUUUGAAUACAUCCGAUUAGCAGGAAAAUACGCCUUUAGUGUUGCAAAUCUCAUUUAUAGACAUUUUCAUGCCAGUUGAUGGGAAACUGGACCAUGAAGGAGGAUUUGUUUAAAAUGGUCCUUUUUUUCGCUACAAGCCGUCGAGGAGGGUUUAAUUAUAACACGAUAUUUUCCUAUUCCUUUGGUUAUAAUUUUUAAGCAGACAGUCUGAAUUUUAAGGACCGACAAAAUUAGGCCAUGAAAUGUCAAUGUGAUCUCGGAGACUACUCAUUAGUAACUAGCCCUGAAAAAGGUAGGAGUCUGCUGAAACAUGUAUGUGAAAUUCAAAAGCGCCUUGAUAGUUUUGAUAUUAACUACCAGCCUAUUGCUCUCUUGACCUUUCUUACUGUUCAAUUGAUAAUACGAAUUUAAUUACCCUGAAUCGUUUUUUGAUCAUUGGUCAGUUGUUAAAUGUGUGAAACAUUUUACACGGCUUAGUUUUGUGUUUGUUUUACUGGGUAAAUGGAAAUAAAUUCCUGAACAUAAUGAAAUAAAUUUCUCUCACGACAAGUACCAACUGUCGCGAUUCACUAAUAAAAACAAAUUGCGCAAACAUAAAACAAAGGCAGUUAGCAAUUGGGAACUGACUGUCAAGAGUCAAACGAAUUCUCAGUAUGGCUCUUAACUCCCGCCUUUUUAUGCGCGCUUCGGUGAACUAGAAAGGCUACCUGUAAUUCACGCGGGCUAAAUAAUAUUGUCACCGGUAGGCGGAUAAAAUAUUUAGUCAGAACGAAGAAAAUCUAAACAUUUUUGUAUCUCCAUGAAAAAAUGGGAAUUUCUCAAUUCUAUUACAAAGUUGAGCUUUGCACGGAUGCCUUAAAGGCAAAAGCAGUUUGUUCGAAGUGCUGUUACAUAUAACUGGUUUGUACAAGUGUUGUCAUGAGUCACAUUAGGUAAUUGUUGUUCCUGUCACAUUGUUCAGUGAUCUAUUCUAUAAUAUAUGAACACACGUGUUACUUACGAAAUGAUAUUUCUCCAGUGCAGGCCCUCUGCCACACGAUAGGAGAUUUUUAAGGCUUGAGUGAAAUCGUCCGAACCACAGAGUAGAAAGGUAAGUCCACGGUGAAUGUGUAUGGGAACUUUUGUUUCAAAAGAGGAGCCUGCGGCAAAUAUCUGACCAAAUAGCCAUUUACAUAAUAGUUUUGCCUACAUGGUGUAGUUGAUAAAUUAUUUUCAAAACAUUCCAAAGUUUACUGUUCCUCGUAUGUUCGCCAGGAGAGGUAAAAAAAUUGUUAUUAUUAGUAAAAAUGUUGUUUUUAUUAGUUGUUCAAGUUCAGCUUUGGACAUAAAGAAAUUCAUCAAAUGUUGGUCAAGAAAUUGGUCAUUAAAAGUGUCCUUGAUUCUAACUGCCGUGACAUUCUUGCAGGUAAAACUACUUUUGACGCCUUAGGCGAGGUCUAGUCCCCAUUUCUUUAACAACUCUCACAUUUAUACCCAGAUAUUCUUAAUUUCAAGUUAAGCAUGGAGAUCGAGGCUAACACAAAAUCCUCCCGGUUAGCGUAUGAAGCCCAAAGGCCUUGGAAUUACACAGUUUCUCUAACACUUAAGUUUCAUCUUCGUAAUUUAUUAUUUGUCAUUUCUACAGACAUUAUGAAGUAUUGGAGUUGUAUUUUUCUAACGCUUCUCAUCACCCUUGCAUCUCGAGGUGAGUUUUUUUCGAUUGUAUAAUUACGUCGUGUUAUGGCCCAAUCUUAUAAUCGAAAAGCGUGCUGAUAUUAGUGGUUCAGAUCCUGAUGAAUCCGUUUAACCCGAUAAAGAUAAAGCCUAAAAAGUUAAAUCAAAAUUAGCUGUUGAAACCUGGAGUUUACAAUAACAUGGGACAAUCGUAGACAAAACCACAAGGUAUAAUAACGUGUAUUUAGACCUUUUUGGAAAGGCGUCCUUGUAGUUGGUGGUAAAUUCAUAGUAAACAAAACAAAACCAAGCUGUCAUGAUUCAGGUAGAAAGUUCUCAUCAGCCAGCUGUGAGUGUACUUAGAUUUAACCCAUAUAUACACAGACUUUGAAACUGGCGAUAAUAUUGUGUAGAAUGGAAUAUUCGCCUUUCCAAAAAUCUCAAUUAUUACGCACGAAUUUCAGCGAAAACAGUAAGGUGAACAACUGUUUCAGUAUGAAGAAUCCCUGUCAACAUAUUUUCUUUAUCUUCUUUCAAAUAGUAAAUACAAAAGGGGAGGAUCUUCGAUGACAGCCCCUUGGGAUUGAUUACAGACACCAUUUAAGACCUCCUUUUUACUAAAGUGCUAUACACUACUUUUAUCGGUGGCGUCGACACUCUAUCGACCUAGAUUUUGACCUUCUCGCAACCGUUCUAUUCAAGCCAACACCUGUACUUAAUACGAUUCCGUCACGGCUGCGUUCACAUUUUUAUUACGGGCAAAUUAAAGGCCAUGGCGGGGAGUUUAAUUCAAACUGCAUCGUUCUUAAGUUCCAAGAGUUCUCCUCAUAGUCUUUGCCUGCAGGAGGCUGAUACUGACAUAAACUGUAUUUUGUAUUUUUUACGACCCCUCUGUUAAUAACACUACUUAGUUAUUACAACUACAUUUACUCGGACAAAACGUCUUUAUUCUCAGUCUUUAUUCCUUUUUUGAAAACACCACGUCUACCAGAUUUUCACGGGCCUCCAGGUGGUCGCAAUAACGGGUUUCCUCAUUAAAAAGAAUUAAAGGAAGUCAGUCCUUAAAUUCGAAGUCAUUCCUUAAAUUUCUUUGGAGGAGCCAAGGUGACUUUUUCUUGCCUUUGUCAAUACCUUUGAAAUAACUUUUCAACAUAGCAAUCCUAUUAAUCGGGGGAAUGAUUUCUUAAAUUUAUCUUGAAAAAACACACAAUGAAGCAGGUUUCCCAGUUGCGCCGGAAGUUCUUGUUCAUAGUCUUAAGCGACAUACACGUAGAAAGACAAAUUGCUAGCAGUAAACGGCAUUGCUACACAGUUACAAGUAAGUUGAAUUUGACCGCUUGGGGAAAUGUAGCCCUGAAUAGCCCUAAGAAUGAUGUUGACUGACGUUACGACAACAUGUGCGGUAGUCACCUUCAGAGUUAAAGUAAGUUGUAUAUAUGUCGCUAUUGUUGCACAGUAGGCAACAUGCGUAAGAUGGAGAAAAACGAUAUCAUAUAUACAACAUACAAAAUGUGUUUCAACAUCAAUUGAACAGCUCAAGAGUGUCGCGGGAACAAUGCUAGCAUAAUUUUGUUCCUAGAACUUAUUCAGUGCCCUACUAUCACAGAAAGGAAAAUCGCAUCGAGACUAAUACAAUGCCAGCUGCUGAGUCAGAAAAAGUUACAUAAAGAUGAACAUCCCCCCAAAUUACCUAAAUCAAGACACAUACUUGUAUGACGAAUUAAAUGUGAUAACAGCGAAGACAUACAUGUGUAUGAGCAACUCAAGAGAGUAGUUGCAGUAGAAAUGGAAGGUUUUAGAUACGAAUUGCACUAGAAUUUUUCAGUUUCAAAAAUAUUUGUUAUCGGUAACAUAUUACUGAACAGAGCAUUGUUGUACCAACAGAAAAGUAGCUAUAUGUAAACGAAGAAGAUGAUUUGGGGCUAGUAGGGUUAUUGGGCUUUCAUUAGCGUGUUUGAAUGUAGUUUGCACUUUUGCGAAUAGGUAAAUAAUAUAUUUGUAAUGUAAAACUAUAAGACAGGUUAAUGAAUAAGGUCGCUUAAUUGGUAAGUUUGGUCCGUUGUAUAAAAUCCAACGUCAAGGUUGACUACUUGUACUCCUUUUAAGCUGAUAGUAACAUUAGACAAAUGCUGAAAUUUCACACAUACAGGCUGCACACCUGUUAAAACACGGAGUAAACGCUUAAAACUAGUUUAAAGUACUGUGCAACGUAAAAAGAGCACUAUCAGCUACAUCACCAUUCCAGAUGUGAUCCAUGCUCGGCCAAGAGACGUCCAUUCUCCAGUACCAGACACUCCUCUAUCACCAGAAACACCAGGGACACCGGAAACACCGGUCACUAAAGAAACACCUGAGACGCCCCGGACACCAGAGACCCCUGUCACCCCACUUACACCUGAGACGCCAAGUACCCCGGUAUCUCCACGGACACCCGAGACUCCAAGAACACCCGAAACACCCAAAACACCAGACACUCCUCAAACACCGGAGUUUCCAUUUGUUUUAGGCUCAGACGGCUUUAUUUAUCAUACUGUCCCAUAUAUGCAUAUCUUUCCGCAAGAGAUACCACGUAUGCCCAGUCCGGGUGAUAUACCGGAAGUUUCCAUGGUUCAAGAUCAGUACGAUGUGCCUAAGGCUCCCAAACCACCUAAACCCCCGGAACCUCCCAAAGCCCCCGUCAGAAAGAGAGAAUAUUUGGCGAGAGGUAACUACAUGAUGUAAAUGAUGGAAGUGUCAUAAGGUGCGCAUGCGUGAUAAAAAAGACGAAAUUGAAAAAAUAGAAGAUUAUGCUUUCCAACGCCCAUAUCAACCAAAGUAGUCCUCUGUUGUCACGUACGUUUCUGGCACGUUAGAAUUUGAGAAAGGAAACUCUAUUCAUUCUGUUUUGUUUCUCAUUAUUUGGUCUUCAUGAAUAAAAAGGACAUGUAUCACCCAAAGCAAAAGACCAAAUCAACCAAAUAAAAAUGCAUAGAGCUAGGAUUGAUUGAUUCAGAAGGAGCCAAUCAGUUCUGCCUUGCUCCAAUGAAUGCAUACAAAGGAAUGAUCUAAUUAGUUCACAAAGUUGUGCAAUGUUUUUUAGCCAAUCAGAAAGUUUACCUUAUUAUUACUUUUGUUGAAACCUCAGCGCAGUCAAACGGCUAAGGCAACUUCUGCUUUAUUCAUUUAUUUGCUCGUUUAUACUAACAUUUGUACAGGAGUAUCCAGUUUUGCACUUUUUUUUUUUCAAUAAUACAAGAGACAUCCUUUAAACAUAGUGAGCUUUUUUCACGGAAAAGGCUAUGCGUCCCAGCAAAUUUGGCAUGGAAAAUGUAGUCUAUAGUUUCAGCUUUCAAAUUCCUGAGAUCUAUUAUAGUAAACUUUCCCAGAGUUUAGCGAGUUUACUACACUUUUAACAGUGAAAUGACAACGUAUGUUUUGAAGAACUUUGCUUGUGUUUCUGCAGCGUUCAGUCACUUUUUGACGAUAGCAAGGUUUGUAUAAAUGCUUCAUACCCGGGUAUGAGUAAAAAAAAAUCAGGAUCAUUUCUUUCGAUAACAGUACGUAAUAUGCAUGCGUAGUUUAUGAUCACAAGUUUUGAAAGAGUAUUGUAACAUUUGUGCCUAGCAAUAGUAAAGCAGAGUGUACUAUUCAAAGUAUAUAAUAAGUGUUGACUACACUCAAAUCGGUAAGCUGGGUUAUUGUAAAUUUUCACCCACAGUGUGCUAUAAAGAGGUAAAACUUACCAUAAAAACAUUUAUAGAUUUAUAGGUCGAACACUUCACCGCUUUCUGAUCCAGACGCAAAAUAUUAGCUUGCGAAGUUCGAGAAUGCGCGGAGAGCAAAACUUCGAGAGAGUUUUUGGGUUUAAAAGUGACACAGCAGUAUUGACGAUUACUUUUCGCUUUCUCUCCUCACCUCUUUCUUAAGCUUUUCUUGCCUCUUUUUCGUUUCUUUUGCUGGGCAUUUAGUAGCCUUCAUUUCUGUGUGAAAAGUUUUUAAGAGGGCUUUUAGGAUCUUAGCAUUAAAUGAAAGGAAAGGCAGGUGGGUAGUUGAACAAGAUUUUCAUCGAAAAUCAAUGUUACAUGUUAGGCUGCGUGCAAACGGACGCAACAACUCUCAACAUCGUUGCGCCAACAAUGUUGGGAGUUGCUGCGUGCGUGUUGGCAGUGGUGUGCAAACGGAUGCAACAAUUCCCAUCAAUGUUGGGACCUGCAGUCCAUCGUGUGGUAAGGAUACAACCCAUCAGUCUUUGUAAACCAUGCGUAAUGAGCGUGCUUGGCCCCAACAAUGUUGGAAGAGCUGUGCAAACGGAUGCAACAUUGUUGCGUUACGCUUCGGCAAUCACGGAACAAAAGAAAUGUUGGGAGUUGUUGGCUGAAAUGUUUGACCGGUUUCAAACUUUGCGCGACAACAUCCAACAACAUGCAACAGGGUGUGCAAACGGACGCAACAUGUACCAUCCAACAAAGUUGAGAGUUGUUGGCCAACAAUGUUGUGUCCGUUUGCACGGGGCCUUGCAAAUCAAUGUUACAUGGUUUUUUGGCUUUUUCUCCGGUGUCCUUAACUAAAUUGUGCUCAUUCUGGUAUGGUUUUCAAGAUCUCUUGACUCUGUACAAGUAAGCGGGUAAAGUUUUCCAUGACCAUUAAAACUGAUGACGUCAAAAGUAGUAGAAGGGACCUGGAUCCGCACGGGCGGUUACGGGCGGCUCGGGGGCGAAUGGGUUAAGUAAGACUCAAGUUGGGUGGUAGCUUUUAGUACUGACAUAUUGGGUUCAUCGACAAGUGUGCGAUAAAAAUGCCCGUGCUAAAUCAAACAAAAGGAGUGGCUCAUUCAAUAUUCAGGGAAAGAACGAUUUCUCACUUCUAAAAAGUGCAAAUUAAGGCUGGAGUUCAAGAAAUCGUAUUAAAUUUCAAGACCUCCUUCUUCCCUAUACUUUAUGAACUAUUAGCAACUUUGAUUAGUCCUACACACUAGCACUGCAACUAAGCUUACACCAGUGGUCAAUAUAAUGAAACUAUGACAACUUUAAUUUAUAAGCAAAGCUGCUAUUUUACAGUCUGACAAAAACAAUUACUCUUAAGUCAUCUCUACAUUGAAAUAAAGUGGUCAUCAUUACGAGAAACCUUGUCUCAUAUUGUUUAUCUCUUUUACAGGUUUUGCCCGGAAACACUCAAGUGAGUACUAUUGAAAGAAUUGUUAAACUUAACAAGAACUUCAUAACAAAAACCGAUAAAAAACGUUAAUUAGGAAAAAUCGUACAGCUAGACAUACGGGCUGUUUUUAUUUAUUGUAAAUAGUAGUUUUCUAAAUUGCCAUCUUCUGAAAGUGGUGAUUUACUGCCGUCGAAAGACUUAAAUAUUGUACAUAAACUGCAAAGUGGAACAGGGCAAAUUGACUAGUAAGCUCAUGUUCAAAGGUUCCUCUUCCUCCAAAGACCCAUCAACUGCAGCCUAUCCAGUUUAGCAUACUAUAUUAGGUUGUUUUCACUCACGUGGUGGCAACUAUGCAAGUUUCUUGGAACUAGAGAACGGUUUUAACACGAGAUAGAGUUCAAUCCCUACUGGACUAUGGCCAAACACCACAUCAAACAUAGCCACCGUUUCACUGUUUUAUACUCCAACAUGGCCGCUGUGAUUUCAUGUUAAAAUGAUCUAUAGUUUUUACCUCGGCUGUGAAAAUCUUUUUCUGUAUUCCUAUUGAAAUUAAUCGUGCAGCCGCCACGGCAAAGUAGUCCUCUCACUGUUGUCACGAACGUUUCUGGCACGUUAGUCUUUGAGAAAGGAAACUUUAUUCAUUCUGUUUUGUUUCUCAUUAUUUGGUCUUCAUGAAGAAAAAGGACAUGUAUCACACAAAGCAACCAAAAAACAGGGAGGUAGGUACUGAGUUAAACUAGCGACAGCGUACGAUGGAGGAAAGCGUCUUCUUAUUUUCAUUAAUCCCAAGGAAUAUAAAAUACUUUGUUAAGUCUCGAAUUCUAUGGAAUUACAUUUCCAUAUUGUGUAAUUACAAUCGAGGGCUCAAUAAUUUAAUAUAGACUCAUUUGCAUUGUGGAGGUGUUAGUUUAAGAACAUCCGCACUUUAAGUUCCUUGGGAUUAACCGUGUCUACAAAAUACAUGAAUUAGACAUUCGUGCUGGAAGAGUACGCACCAAGGGAUCAUGUUACAGCAUUCACAGUACAAACACGGCAUAAAAUGACAUUUUUGACAACUUUUUCAGAACAAAAAUACAUACGUGCAUACGACGAAUAAUGCUGGCUUCUCGAAAGGCGAGCCAACACGCAUAGAUCACAAAAACACAUACCCUGCUUCGCCUACCUUGAAGUUGGACCAUCUGUAGCAUACGCAGUUUGAAAUCAAUAACAACACUUUUGCGAUACAAUUUCCUUUGAAGGAAGAAAACAAAAAAAAAACACUUCUAACCAUGUUGUAUCACAUAAAAAAAGCAUUCUAAUCGAUUUUGGAAAUAAAAAAAAAUGUAUUUGACAGUUGCUCGUGUUUGCCAGGAGUGUUUGGUGUUCAUAAUUCCCUGGUAAGUAGCUUUCUCUUUUAAAUUAGUAAUAGCUCCUUCUUUUCUUGUGGUUGGCACAUAUGAACAGGGCAUCAUCGCCAUGGGAAUAUCAUACAAGGUAUGUCAAGGACAGAGAACUCAAGCAAAAAAUCUGGCGAUUUCCAACAAGGUUAAAACAUAAUUUUACUUAUUGCAUGCCAAAGCCUGACACUUGUUGAGUACUCCAACAAUGAGACGUCAGCUUAAUUUAAGGUAAUCAUUUUUCACCACUGAUUGGUUUUAUCGCCAUUUCAGUAACACGCGAUAAUUCACAGGAAAAAAGGACUGAAAUGUUUACACUUGAACAGAUGGCAUGAAAGGAUCUUGAAUCUUUUACGGGGGUUCAAAGUCAGCACCAAUUUAGCACGAGUGGCCUUUCGGGCAUUGACAAGGACAAUCCACCACCGUUUUAGGUGUUCUAAACGUUACACCAGCUGUGCUUAUGAGGAAUAUGUUACUAUGAGAAACAUAUUAACAAAUGGCCGGAUUGAGGAUUUGUCGCAUUCCUCUCGGUGUGAUGAAAACAUUGACAGCAAAAAGUCGAAGUCACAAAAGCAAGCCGAGAGUAGCAGAAAUUACUAUUAACUUAUUCGUAUUAAAAUAAGGUGACACAUAAUCCAAUGAAUGCCGUUUAAAUUGGAAUCUCACUGAUACUAUAACUCUUUCCGGAGGAUAAAAAUUAUGUUUAUCACUGAACAGUUCACUCAAAAUCGUGUGAUUUCAUUUGCCAAUUAACUAUGGAAAUCCCUAUGCUAAAUUAAAUGUUGCCUUCCCUCAGCCACGCUAAUAACUAAUAGUAAAUCAGUAAACUCUUUAACUAACAUUAGAAGAAGACGUUUUCUUCUCAUCAGUUUCUUUUAGCAAUCUUUUACACAAUGUCUAAUAUAACGGGAACAUUUUUUGAACAACUUCAGUAGUAGUAGGAAAGCUAGCUGAGAAUUUGGACUCAUUCAAUAAAGGAACGUCAGACUUAUUUUAUCUGUCUUCCUUUUUCUCAUUUCAGUUCCAGGACUUAUGGAUGCUGGGCCAACCUUGGGGGGAGGAGCUGGUGGUAAGAUGGCUUAAAUUAUAUUAAAUCCCCUAGGUAGGUUUUUCUUAAAUCUGUGACUUUUAGGAAGUUAAAAGAUAUAGUUCAAUGCCAUGCGACUACGAAGUUACCACCGAACCGAGAAACCAAAGACCUUUCUUUCCUUGUAAACUGAGGCAAAGUUAGAUAGUAUGGAUUGAAAUCUUGUAACGUCCAAAUACGACGAAACUUCGGUUUUUGGAUGUAACUAAAGGAGUUGGAGCAGCAAUCGAGACGAAUGGAUUUCUUUGCGAAUGUGUUGCAGCAAUUAUUGAUCUCUCCGUUUUUUCCUGGUCUUGUUUUUAUAGGAAUGAAUGGAAUAGGAGGAAUGGGAGGGAUGGGAGACCUAAGCAUGGGCUUUGGUGCUGGAGCUACGUCUAUCGGUGAAGGAGGUGGGGCCACAAUGGAAGGUAUGCCCAUGCAGAUGCCAGGAGCUAUGGCUGCACCUGCUGCAAUGCAGAUGCAACAAGGCAUGGAGGGAGGACCUAUGGGAGUGCCUAUGGGAGCCUCUCAAGAGGGCGCACCCAUCUCAAAGCAGUUUAUUGAAGGCGGUGAAGCAGGUGUGUAUGAUACACGAUGAGAAGAAUGAGCAAGAUAAGAACAACUACUUCAAUGGUCUAGCUGCCGUGUAAGACCCAGGAGGCUGAGUAACAUCUGGAGAAUUAUGGAGAUCUCGGAGGGUGUUAUCUGCCGAGGCCGUGAGAUCUCCAUAACUCUUCAGAUAAUACGAAAGCCAAAUUUAAUAAAUUGUUUUAUUGUUCAUUAAAAAUAAGCCCUAGUUUAAAAACAAGCUCAAACAUGCUUACCUCCAUCGAUUUUCCGUUCAUCUUAGAUAGUGCAUGUUUAUCGGCAAGUUUAGGAGAUGAAGACUUCUUCAAUUUUCCAAAUAUUCUCCAAAUAGCAGAUGUCGUCCGUCAAUAGUUCGCCUAUUUCCUCCUCGUGAAAGGAGUGAAAUGUUCCGCCAUUUUGCACUCACCAUCAAAACAACUCAACAAAAAAAAUUAAUUGUAUCAAAACUCUUGAGUAAAUGAACAACUUUGAUUUGCACAAUGCCACGCAAUGUAAUGGCAAUGUUUCGCACUGGUAAAGAACCAAGUCCGGGACUGGUCUGCAUAAGCAAAUUCAAAAGCUUUCGUUGCAGCGCGUAAUUUUUCAAAUAAUAUCUCUGAUGAUACCGAACUGUAGUAGAUAUCUUUUGGAUGACAUUCAGAACAUUUAGAUGGAUUAUGCAUGGAUAUCGUCGGCAAAUUGAUGCAGGUUUGAAAUUCUCUUAUUGUUUCAGGCAUGGCAGGUGGUAUGCAUGGAAUGUCGCAAAUGGCAGGAAUGGCAGGCAUGGGUGGUAUGGGAGGACUUCCGCAAAUGGGAGGAAUGGCUGGUAUGGGUGGAAUGGGUGGAAUGGGAGGCUUUGGAGGAAUGGGUGGUGGAAUCGCGGGUAUGAACAUGGAAGGAGGUAAGAUAAAGAUGUCCUGGAUUCAAUCAUUCUGAAUUCUAUUUGGUCAAAUAAAAGGGAUCUUAAAUGGCAACCGGAAAAUGACAUUUUCUCUCUUACAGUGCUCUGACUCGAGACUCGAGAGUUCCAUCAAGCGAGAUAUCGAACUUCAUGACGUUCUGGACGUCUACGUUCUCGUUGCUUAAGGUCCCUAAUAUGGCCUAAGGACCCCGUUACACUUGCCAGUUUUCCUUGCAAUCUGUUUCACAAUUUUGUUUCGCCAUUGCGAGACAAGUUGCACAAAGAGGAUCCUGGUAAAAUCCACUGAAGUGAACGUAUCUCCUAAACUGUCUAUUUCAGUUGGCACUGCGAAUAAACUUUUUUGUACAUCGUGUAACUCAUAGCUACAACAAAAAUAUUGCGAAACAUGUUCAUUUCAAGCGGUGUAACUCUGGGCAGUUUUUCUAGCAAAUUUUCUGAUAACAAAAUUGUAAGAUAACAGGGCCUUAAGGAAUAAUUUGGUCUGACUCUCUACAUCUACCAUACCAAUUCGUCCUUCGUAUUUCUUGUUUUACAGGUAUGCCUAGCAUGGGAGGACUAGGAAAUGCUGGCGGGGCAGGAGCUAUGUUUACGGGAGCUCAGGAAAUGGAAGGCCAGAUGGGAGGGGGUAUGGGCGGACCGAUGGCUAAUGUCAUUCAAGGUGCUCUUGGUGGUGGUGUGCCGGGUAUGGCACAAAAGCGAACGAAGAUGGGGAAAGUGCACAAGUUGUUGAGUAAACUUAGCAAGAGAAAGGAAAUCAAGAAGCAUCAGCAUAAGAACUGAAAGAGAAUAACGCCUGAAAAUGCCGGGAGAGGAGACCUUGUAGGAAUGGAAAGAACCGCUCGAAAGAAUCUGAUCCAAAUCUCGAUGGACAGCAACAUUAUAUUUAAAAGUUGUCAGCUUUAGUAAAGCUGAUGAAAUUUAUGCGUGAU